CGGCGCCGCCCGGGACCACAACCGACCAGGAAUGUCAACAAGGCGAGGGUGACCCGCGGGAGCGUCCGGAGCAGCAACAUUCAUGUAACCUGAAUUUACCUGAGGGCCAUUAUCUCUUUAGUGGCCUCUAUUAGGACAGGAAGCCGACGGCUUGUCGCGCGUCCCCCUAUACCUACACCUGUAAUAGAUAAGUGCCUCCUGUAAAAGCCGAAUGGUGAGGCUAGCGAAGUUUACUAGACGGAAUCUGUGCGAGGGGCUCGACCCCAGGCAAGAUUCUCUAUCACAAUUAUUUAACAAGUCACCGGACGUGCCGACUAUCUGAAGAGACAGUAGGGAAAUACAACCCACUCGACGUUACCGGGACAGCCACCGCAUCUGACCCCAUGGGUCGUAGUCGCCACUAAUGACAAUAAUUAUAUCAACUAGGCCAUCGACUGACCAGUCAGAUGUGGGUCCCAACAAUUGCUUGACGUAUGUCGCAUAUUGGAGUAAGGCCUAUGUUAAGAGAGCUCUUCUUUGGACCUAUCUGGGUUAGUAUGACUUCUACUGCACCAUACAAACCACAAGGAAAGAAAACAUGGUCCGGACACUUCCAGUGUUGGCAAUACUCGAUGGUCAAAAGGCAGGACCGAAGAGCCAACGCUCAAGUCCCACAAGCACAGCUAGAUAUACAGUACAGUAGUUCUGCGUAGAUCAAAAGAGCUGCUAAAUCAUGAGGGUGCGUGGGCUAUACUGCAUAACACACGAAUUUGUUGUUCGCUGGCUAUGUUCCUGCCGUCUACAAAGUGGACAUGUCUCGGCAGUAUAUCAAUACCUCCUUCCAGCUUCCCCGCUUCUGGCAGACUUGGCUGUCUCUUGCCGGUACUACCGUGACCCUCAGCUGACGCAGUUGUUUUUACCCAUCCUAAUACUCAAAGGGAGAAUCCACAUCACAUCUGCCAACAUAAAACAGGUUUUAGACUACUGGAAGACUACUAGACACGGAGUUCUCAUGUCUUCCUUCACUCACCUCAAGGUGGAGGAUGCUGAGGGCAUGCAGUACUUCUCAUUCCUGCCCUUUUUGGGUCACUUAACUAACCUGCAAGUGUUGGUUGUUGGAUCAUUAGUGGGAGAUGACCUCCUGGCUGUUUUGGGGAUUAAUUGCUGCCAUCUGAAGAUCUUCGAUGCCAGGGAGGACACAGGAAGUUUAAUCUCUGAUGUGGGACUUGCUUACCUGGCUCAGUGUAAAAAACUAAGAUGUGUGUACUUCUCAGUUUUUGCAAAUGAAUACGACUGUUCCGUCGAGCAGUUGGGAUUCUCGGGAAAAGGAGUUGCCCUCUUACUGUUGUUACCGGAGAUAGAGCACGUUCAGUGCUCGGAAUAUCUGUUGCGGGAUGCUCUUCACUUCCUAUAUCAAGCGAACUACAAUAAAAAAACUAUUGCUGUCCAGUGCAUGCUCCUGGAUCACCAGGAGGUGGGUGUCAGCACCUUGCAGAUGCUGCCCUUUCUUUGCCCUAAGUUGGAAGUGCUGGCUCUGCACUCUGAAGCAGGCAAUGACAAGACGGUUGGGAAGGCCAUUAAAGCUCUACCACACCUGAAGAUGCUCAUAGUGACAGUUGGAAGUGUGUGUAGGUUUAAAGAUUUGACGUUCUCUAGUUAUGGCCCACAGUUGACAUAUCUUUAUCUCACAACUUAUCUUCUCGAUAGUCAGGAUCUUGUUAUACUCAGUGAAGCCUGUUCUCAACUAAAAACUUUCAUUUUGAAAAUGCAUAGUUUUGGAUUUGACAUAACCAGUACUAGCAAUGUGGACUCUCUCUUCCCCACAGUUGAAAAGCUAGAAUUGCUGCAGAAUAUUUCUGUUAGAUUGUUUAAAGUUUUAAAUAUGAAAAUGAAAAAUUUAAAGGAGGUCCAUUGUACUUGGGCAUCAGUUUGCAACUUGGACGAAGCCUUACAAGUGGUAGUGGAAGAAGGUGGUUGGAGACAUACCGAAUUACUGGUACUGCCGGAAUCGAGCGAGAUAAGUCUCGACACUGCACAGAUGGUCGCCGCGUCCCUUCCCUGCCUCAAGCGCUUGGCGGUCAAUGUGCAUCAACCUCAAGAGAGUGAAUUAUGGAACUUUCUUGGGCAGCAUCUUCCAAGAGUCAGCCUCAUAGAUCACUUUCCUGUCCAGUCUCCUAGCACUAAGGGAAUCUUUGCGCAAGACAUCUGGACUGCAUCGUGGGUCAGCAGUAUAGGCAAAAGAAGUUGAUUUUAUUCAUGAUUGUAUGCCAAAGUGAUAAUUUAAUUAAAUCCAAUAAUUUUA